GGAUCCCCUGGUGAGAAUAUCUCAACUCGCAGUUUCACAGCUUGGCAGGAUGGGGAGGGAGACCCAAUUACUGGCCGUCCCUGGCGUGAUGAUAUGCGUACAGAAAGCCCAUAAAACAGGCAUGGCCGCACAUUUCACCCCAUCACCGUUACAUUUGUGCGCCCCCUCGCUGAAUCAGUCAAUAUCACUAUCACACGCGGGACGGCUGGCUAAAUCUCGAUUCUGCGCGCCACAGAGUAACAUCUCACUGCUGCCAUUCAUAUAUUGGGAGGGGUCGCUGUCACGAUAUAAUGGGGUCUUCAAUUCUAUUUACCGCCUGCUGCUGGCUACAUCUUGCCUUUUUGACCUUCGCCCAAGAUAACAAUACGCCAACUCCAACUCCGACUGGUAAUACACCCGAAAUGUCUGCCGCUCAAGCCUCUGCCUCGAAGGAAUUCGCGGCCCUAUUCACAGAUCCUGUACCAGCAUCUAACACUCCAAGUGGGGACGACGCCGGCGCUGCUGGUCCGAGUAGCGGGUCUGUCACCAUAUCGAGGGGAGGAAUUAUCGCAAUUGGUGUUGUCGUUGGAUUUGUCGUGGUAUUCGGAGUUGUUUCGUCUGUCCUAUUUUACCUGGCGAAGAAGAGGUCCUGGGAGAUCCGCGCCAGUAUCAGAAAGUCCGCCAAGCGCGUCGCAACUGCUCUUACUCCACGCCGAUCCGAAUUCCCAAAGAACGUGCGCAACCCCAAGAGAAACUCGAGGGGCAUGUCGAAGAUUGACGAGGUGCCUCCGACGCCAAGGAUAACGAAUGAGGAUCUCGAAAAGGCAAAUAUAAAGGCGGAUGCGAUUGAGAUGAAAGCGCCUAGCAAGUUUGCCAAGUGGGGAAGGAAGACUGAGAGGUAGUCGUGAUGAGAGAUUAGUGGGGUCGAUGAGAUAUGUACUGAUGGGUUAUGUGUAUUGACGGGUUGGUUCGGCGUUAAUUCGCUCGUGGAUACGGGACUAGCAAGGCGCUUUGGGUAUAUCGGGUAUUUCAUGAG